UGCGUGUUGCCAGUCUUCUUUUUUGGAUUUGGUUUCCUCUCCAUUUCAGCACAGCCGGAGCUGAUAGAGCCGGAUCUGGUAGGCCUUCUGGCACCGACCUCCCUGGGGAUCAUCUUCAGGGGAUCUUCUAUUGGAGUUGUACUGUGCACGGGAAGGAUCUACUUUCUUCCUACCUUACUAGGGGUUCAUGGCCUAAACAAAUUAAUAUUUUUAUGAGGCACCUUGCACCAGAGAUGGGCCAGGACCAAACCAAGCAGCAGAUAGAGAAGGGCCUGAAGUUGUACCAGUCUAAUCAGACUGACAAAGCCCUGCAUGUGUGGACAAAGGUGCUGGAAAAGACGUCGGAUCCUGGAGGGAAGUUUCGAGUGUUGGGGUGUUUGAUCACAGCUCACUCAGAAAUGGGGAAAUACAAAGACAUGCUCAAGUAUGCCCUUGAUCAGAUCGACACAGCCAGAGAAAUGGAGGACCCAGACUACCUGACCGAAGGCUACCUGAACUUGGCGCGCAGCAACGAGAAGCUGUGCGACUUCCAGAAAACUGUCUCUUACUGUAAGACCUGCUUAAACAUGCAGGGGACCACCGUGAGCCUGCAGCUCAAUGGCCAGGUGUGCCUGAGCAUGGGCAACGCCUACCUGGGCCUCAGCGUCUUCCAGAAAGCGCUGGAGAGCUACGAGAAGGCCCUACGCUACGCACACAACAACGACGACAAGAUGCUGGAGUGCAGAGUCUGCUGCAGUCUAGGAAAUAUCUAUGUUCAGCUGAAGGACUAUGAGAAAGCCCUGUUCUUCCCCUGCAAGGCUGCCGAGCUCGUCAAUGAUUACGGCCAAAGCUGGAGCCUGAAGUAUCGAGCCAUGAGCCAGUACCACAUGUCUGUGGCCUACAGGAAACUGGAGCGCCUUCCCGAUGCCAUGGAGUGCUGCGAGGAAUCUAUGAAGAUUGCGCUGCAGCACGGUGACCGACCACUGCAAGCUUUGUGCUUACUAAACUUUGCAGAUAUACACCGCUGCAGGCAUGACGUUGAUAAAGCGUUCCCUCGUUACGAGUCUUCACUGGGUAUAAUGACUGAGAUUGGAAACCGUCUUGGACAAGUGCACAUCUAUCUGGGAGUUGCAAAGUGUUGGAUUUUGCAGAAAGAAUUUGACAAGGCACUCGAGUCUUUGCAGCGAGCACAGGAACUUGCAGAUGGGAUGGGAAAUAAACUGUGCACUCUGAAGGUUCACUGUCUGCGUGAAGGCAUCUGCCGAAGCCUCAAGCAGCAGGAUGAAGUCAGGGAGGAGGUGGUGAAGUUCCUGCAGUGCGUCGAGGAGCUGGAGCUUUACUGCGGCAUGUGUGGAGAGUCCAUCGGGGACAGGGACCAAAAGCUGCAGGCAUUACCCUGUUCCCACAUUUUCCAUCUCAAGUGUCUGCAGACAAAUGGGACGAAGGGUUGUCCGAAGUGUUUUAAGUCCUCCAUUAAACCCGGGUUUGUGUGAUUGCACAGCUGGGAUGGUGUGUUGGAUCCACAGAAGCAGCACGAUGCCUCACAGGCUCCUGACUGACGUGAGAAAAGCAGGCAGCCUCAGGACGUGCUGAAAUUCAUGUAGGAGCAGCAAUUUACUGCUCUGCACAACAGGAUGCUAACCGGAGCGCCCUGGAUCGGGGCUCACUAACUCUGAUCGGAGCAUCCGUGUCAUUUAGGCAUCAGCCUGACGCCGUCGGUGAAGACGAUGCACAACUAAGAGUGUAAAGUUUCAAGAUAAGCUGAAGAAUCUUCAUUGUUGAGGACUGGAGCUCUGUUGCAGCAUUUACACAACUGGACUGUAGCAGCAACACGUUAGCUUGUUGUAAUCAUGAUCAGAAUUGUUUAGUAAAACUGAAAUUACUUCGUCUUUGGAAAAAUAUUUUGGUGAGAUCUCGGAAAUCUUAGACUCGACGUGUUUUUUUGAACGGCAAUAUUUUUUUAAGAGAACAUUUAAUUCUAUGUUUCACAACAGUCGAGCCAUUUCUGACUUGUAGGAGUUUCACACAAACGAACGACUGUAACUUUGUACAUAUUUUUCUCAUAUUCCUUUCUUUAAAAAGUUGAUUUAUUUGAAAUCUUUUAUAAAAAUAAACUCUUAAUCAUUGAAAAUCAAGGAUGUCUUUACCAAACAGGUUCAUGCAGCUGUUCUUCUUCUUCUUCUUCAUUGAUAAAGGUGAGGGCGCAGGAUCAACAUGCAUCGGACAUUUGACCAAUCAGUUAACAUAUCUUUAGCAGAGAUGGGACAGAUUCUGUACGUUUUCUUGUAAAACAUUUAUUUUUUUAUGACCGGUUGCAUUGAGGGUCAUGAAACAAAUCUGGGCUUUUAUAUCAGUGAGUGGCUGCAUGUUUUAUUUAGGAUGCCAAGCAACAAUGUAAAAAGUAGACGUCAAUUUAUUUAUUUCAAAUUUAUUAUAGCUUUUCUUAAUAUUCAAUGAGUUUUACAGUUAUUAUUCCAUUCAAAUUAU